UUUUCACCGAUUAGGAAAUUAAAAGAGAGAGAGAGAAGAAGGAGCGUUGUUGUCUCACUCACAUCGAGAAAAAAUUAAGAACUCAUCGCCGGAGAUGACGAAGAAGCUAAAUCUCCGAUCAAAAGAGUCAUCUCUCGGAGACGAUGCUGAGAAACUCUACGAGAAGAAGAUUCGAGAUCUGGAGUCCGUGAACGAANCAAGUGAUUUCGCUUUGAUAUUCUCGUUUAAUUCAUGUAUGAUGUUCGUCGCUUCAUGUGAUGUGGAGGAGUUAAAGUCAAAACUGGCUGAUGUAUCGAUUAGCUCUUCGGUUGGUACGUUACAGUCAAGCAGAGAGUUUUCUCAGAAGUCUAUUGCUACGAAAGUUGAGGGUAUGAGUUCAAGGAGUAAGUCAAAUUUGCACUCUAUGUGCUCAACGAAGAAGUAUAAAACUGAGAGUUCUGUUAAGCUGUUUGAUGGUGAAGUUCAGAAAUUAAAAGCGCAAAAGGUUAAGUUGCACUGCAAAAACAAGCUAGACUCUAUGCACUUCAGACAAGUGAAAGCUUCACUAGAAAAGGAAGUUUAUCAGCUCAAAAAAGAGCUAAGGAAAAGCGAGUUUGAGAAAAACGUCCUGUCAGCUUUAAACAAUCGCCAGAAGCUGAUUUUGCAGCUGAAGAAUACACAUGCUUUGACAGCCCUGAAUCGCCGAAAGUUGCUGCUCCAAUCUAAAAAGAUUUCUUCCAACAAAAAUAAAGGUCCAUUAAAAGGAACAAGCUCUGGGAUUCAGGUAUGGAUACCUUAGCCAAUGUAACAUCUUAG